CCGGGGAGCGCGGGCGAGCGCGGCGCGGUGCAGCCCUGCCAAGCUUGGCGAGCGCAAGCGGCACGGCGGGCGUCAGCGGCGGGACGCGUGGGGCCAGCGAGGCUGAGCGCGGCCGGAGGCUGAGACCAGCUUUCCCAGACGAACUACCAUUCGGCUUGCCCACGUCCGGGGAGCUUGCUGGGCCCAUCAGUGUGCUACCCGACCGCGCCGGCUGUUGCGCUCCUGGCCUACGAAUCGAAUCGUGGCACUGUCUCGGCUACCGACCCGGAGGUAAGGGGGCCAGGCCGGCGCGCCAGGGCUGCGCGGACUGCCCAGGCUCAGAGGUACGGGAAGUUGGGGGGUAUGGCACCUCCACCGGUGAUACGGAAAACGUUACUGUUACUGGCUUCUGUUUGUCCAUUCUAUGCUGUUCAGCCCCUCUCUCUCUGUCUGUCCUUCCACGCGUCCGUUGAUGGGCUCAUGCCCCUGUCACUGUCCUCUGUGGGAUUUCUCUGAGAUCGUGUGAUCCUUUGCAAGCAGCAGGUGCUGGGGGCGCCAGUGUCUCCGGAGCGCAUCCAGCGGGGGGGGGGGGGAAAUCCCCGUUUUCUGUAGUUACCUCCUUCUGAAUGGUUUGGGGGCAGGCAUCCCGGGCAGUGUCUUGCAGAGGAGGGACUGCGCGGAGGGUCAGGUCGCGGAGUGCGGCCGACAAAGAGCCGGCUCACACUGUGCACUAGCGGGCGUACGCCUGGCAACAGGUCGGCUCCCUGCUGCUCUGCCCUCAGCACCGUCUUCCUUCUGGAUUUCCCCGCUGCCUCCCGGCCCGCGCGCUCCCCAGCAGCGCUAGGCACCCAGAGUCGUGCUGGCACCACACCAAGUGAACGCAAUUGAAUGUUAGAUAACACGAAGGCCCCUACUGAUGUUUAGGCUGAGAUUGCAAACUUGGCAUCGUUGGAAGAGGGUUCGGGGGUCCCUGACACGGGACAUCAGCUCCAAGAAAGGUCAAAUUAGGUUAGAAAGAAAGGCAGGGACCUGGCGGAGCGCAGACGAAGGCCGUGGACAGGUCUCCAGUUCGCCGCUCUGGGAACCAGGGCCAGAGACAUUCUGGAAUGGACCCAGCGGGUUGCAUGUGCUUUUGAGAAAGGAGCUCAGUGCGCCCAGGUCCUCCGCCGCAGACUCGCUUUCAGCGCUCUCAGAGACCGCCGCGGUUCCUCAAGGGUGCAACGCUACUGCCGUCCCAGGCGCGCCGCCAGGAGCCGGGUUUGAGGUCCUGAGUCCUGCUCUGUCCAGCCAACGCUGCCCACAGGUGAGAACUCCCUUUUUAAACCAACCUUUUGAUGUGUGAGCCAGUGCCUGGCUGCAGGCUGGGAGCGAGCCUCUCUCUCCAUUCCGGCGGUCUGGAGCGCUAUCCCCGGCGCGCCCCGGGGGCGGGAGCCGGCGGCUCUGCGUGCCCAGGCGCCGCGCCACCAUGGACAGCUCCCAGCCGCUUCCUCCACUCCGGAUCUGUGGCCCUGGGUCUCCCGGGGAAGUCGCGCGCUUUCCUCCCAGACCCAGGGACUAGGGGCGCAGGGCAGGAGGAAUGGGACCACUAGUCUGUGGGAGCUCUCGGUAUCCUGUCCCGAGGCGACGAGCCACUCAGAGGAUAGGGAAUCUGUGGUUUGUGACCGGGUCCGAGAGCAGCCAGCAGCUGAGCUCUGUAUAGGACUUCGGUAUGGUGUCGCGAGGGGCUUCUCUGGCUUUUCUGCAGCACCACGAGACCCUCCAGGGUGUUAUAACUCUGCGACGCGUAAGCAUUGGACUGAGGCUUCGGGAUGAUGCCAGAUCUAAUUAGGGACUCCCCCCAACUGUUUUCUGCGCAUGACAUAGGGUCGUGUUCCGUUGUAUUAAAUUAUUUAGUGAAUAUGGCACUGGGAGGCUUAUUUGUUUCACAAUUACAGUGACAUCAGAACACGUUUAUAGAGAAUGUAUUUGAAUGCAUUUGCAAAAGCAACUGUGCUGUUUUCUGAUCCUAAUCGUUUCCUCCCAGGUGCAUACGAAGCUCUUAAAGAAGCUUCCUUUGGGUCCUCUUUAGCCCAGUAGAUGAUACUUCAAGUUGGUUGCUUGGAAACAGUGUGGGGAGAACCCGUAGGGGUUAACCUGUGCAAAUUAACCAUCUCCCUUCUCCAGUUAGAAAUGACAUUGGCUGGGGCUCUUUGUUAUCCUCACCUAAACAGAAUGUGUAUCGUCCUUCAUUUUAAAAUUGCAGGAAAUUCACAAGAUCUGCUUCUGUUUGUGACUGAUGAAGGCUGAUGGGGAGUCAAAACAAUCAAGGAUCUUUAUUUAUUGUUACUAUUAUUACUAUUAUUAUUUGGAACAGCACUUGUGACUUUCUGAAAGUCACUUAAGCACAACACGAUCUACCUUGCAGAGUUGCUAAUGAGAAUCAAGGAGCAUAAUGUAAAGCGCUUAUAUCAGUGCUGAGCACAGAGAAAGCUCUUAAAAUCGUAGUUGAUUGUAGGUAUAUUUUAAAGACAGUAGUACACUUCUUUUGAAUUAUGUUCACCAGCCCUCGGCUCACUCUCCUAACCUCGUAAUUGUUUGAUAGGGAUUCCAGCUCCACUUUGUAUUCACGUUUAAGAACUUGUGGAUGGAACUGAUGAAAGUGCCGAAGUUGAUUAUAAUGCUGGGGGACAAAACCUUAUUCAAAGAUAAAUAGAAGAUUUUUGCAUGAAACAAAUCAGUUGCCUGUUUUUCCCACCUGUACCACUUGGAAGAAAGAUAAAAUCAGAAGUAAUUUCACUCCCUCCAUCUGAAAGGAAUGGAGCUGAAGGAUGCAAGUCCACAGAAGCUGGGGGUCUCUCUGUGACUUCCGUCUACCUGGUGAUGUGACUGGAGCAGGAGGACAUGGGCCCUGGCUGACGUUGGUGUCCCAGCUCUCUUCUCUGACUCCCAUGCAGUUCCGGUUUCUGGCACACAAGACUUUCUGGUGACAAAGCCCAGGACCCCAGGGCCGCUGUGGCCGGGGCUCCCUGAAGGAAGAGCAAAACUCCAGGCCCUUGGUAUGAGAUGGCAGAGAGGAGGAGCAGAGACAGACGGCGGCAGGCGACGCCCCUCCGUGUCCCUCUGGGGCCUGGCAAAGAGCACAGAGCCACAGCUGGACUGGGGGAAGACUGAGCUUCUGGAAAACUUUAGCCUGUUAUUGUGAAGACUUGGGGAGUAUCCCGGAGGGCCAGCCUUCCCCAGAGCAUGUCCACGAUCUUCGUCCUGCCAAAGGGGUUCGCUGCAUCCCUUGAAAGAAGAGGCCCGUGUAGGGCCCCAGUGAGGGCAGCGUUCAGCCAGCCUCCAGCCAGCAGCUUCCUGCGGAAACUUCAAGCAUUUUUAGCCAACGUGGACUCUUCCCAGGCCUGCAACAGCUGGGAACCGUUUCAAGACCAUAUCUUGCCAGCUGGAGAAGCUGAUUCCCAACUCCUGUUGCCAGAGAGCUUUUAGUGGCCAACAGAGAAAGCUGUUUCCCUUGGGGAAGAAUUCCCAAGCGAAAUUUGAGAAUCGUCAAGAUUUGCGACGGCAGAAGGUUUCUCCAGGUUUCUGUACACAGGCCCUGGAAGCCACUCCUGGGCAAGAAAGCCCGAAGCACCACCCCUUAGCAAUGUGGUGUCCCUGCUUUGGGGCAGGGGGAUCUCUUUGCCUCCAAUGGCUCAGACCCACCUGGCGCUGAGACCAAAGGUCUCCUCAUGUUGGGGAAAAGAGGUUUUGAGCAUUAUCCGUCCUAGUGGCGUUGUUUUUACAUCCAUCCAGAAAGUGGGGUUUCAUUUUGUUGGUUUUUUUUUGUUUUUUGUUUUUUGUUUUUGUUUUUUGUCUCUGAAAUGACCUAGGAGAUGUCAGGGACACAAAGUCUGUGUACCCCAACCUUGACCCUGGACAUGGGACGUCCGAGGCCCCCAGAAUGAGAUGCCUGGAUGAGGGUCACCCAGCAGUUAGGGUGGGAGGGGUGCCCGCACCCAGGUUGCCUCCCACACCGUGGUGCCUGCUACACUCCUUUACCUGCUCACGCCCCAAAGUCCAGGCUCCUUUCAUGGAGCCCCAGGAUUGAUUCAGGGCUUCUCAGCAGUAAAGAGCAAAUUACCUUUGGUUUUUCUAAACUGAUGGAGACUUGAAGGCUGGGCUCUGGCUUCCCCUGAGGACCACAAAACACUCCUGUCCCUGGUGUCCCCUCCUUUCCACGGCAUGAAAGCGGACACUCUUAUGGGCUCCAUGGGAAAGGCACCAUUCCCAGAUGCUGUGGUGUGUAACUUCAGUGACCCUGUAGAGGCGGCUAGAAUGGGUCCUGUUGUUCUCUGCGGAUCGGGCCAGGGCCAGGCAGGGUGCCCGCUGAGAGGACACGGCGGGCAUUGAUGCUGAGAAUACUGUUUCCUCCCUCCCCCGCCUCCCGGGAGCACCUGGGCAGGAGGGACCAGGCAUGGGGCCAGCGUGCUCUCCUUCGGACCCUCCUUCCUGCCCACACAAAGCCCUUUACCUGGAGCUGAAAGGUCAGGGAGGGUCAGAUUUGUCCUUGAUCUUGUUCAAAGGGAGGAGCCUGUGGCGGGUGAGAGAAAUUUGGCCCCUUUAUCAGUGUGGGAGAAUAUCCGUUUCUCAGCAUAACUAGAGUCCUGCUCUGGGGAGGAACUGGGCACCUGGCAUGGAAGCUGGCCUCUCCCCGAACCCCAACUAAGCAAACUUGUGCAGCACAGAGAAUUUGGAGACAAAGAUGUUUCUCCAAGUGACAUUAUAUUCUGAAAGAGGAAUCAGUAGCUUUGGUAAAGUUCCUGUCUUUGCAGCUGAUCUAGACAGAUUCCCAUAUUCACCUUCUAUCUUGAGUGAAAGGGGGGAAAAUGGCAUUAAUAAAACAGAAGCUUAGUAAAAGGGAAAUUUAAUUCUAUCGCACAUAAAAAUAAAUCCACAGCCUAGGGCCAUUUCAGGUCUCCACAAGGUCAGAGCUUAGGUUCCCUCUUUCUGUUUACUUUGCCAUCUUCAGGGCAUGGCUUCCACAACAUGGCCCAAAAGAACUGCGAAGAGCCAGCCAUCAUAUCUAUAUCCCAGCCAGCAGGAAGGAAGAAGGGUGGGGAAAAAAAAUCUUCCUAUCUUCCCAAGGACAUUUCCUGGAACUCACACACUGUACUUUUGCUGUAUUGGCCAGAACCUAAUUCCAAGGCCACAAUUAAUUUGUGAGACUGGAGAAGGUUGCCUUUAUUCAAGGUGGCCAUGUGCCUGGAUAAAAAUCGGGAGUUCUUUUACUAAGGAGGGAAAAAUGGAUAUUAGGGGACAGUUAGCUUCUCUGCCCUGCUUUCUUCUUGGAUAGGUAAUAUUAAAAUAGAUUUAUAACACACAGGCUUCAUAUUUAGGAUUUCAGGAUUAUUAUCAAGACUUGUUUUAGAAGCACUGACUGAUACUAGAAAUCAACCAGUCUACAUCCUCAUUUUUCAUAUUAGAAAACUGACGCUCAGAGAGGUUGAUCGAGUUAGUGGAGAUCACACAGCAAGUUGGUGGCAUCAUGUUCAGUGGGAGUAUUUUUUGUUUUCUCUCUGUCUCUUUUUUUAAAAGAAGAAAGCUUCAUUCUGGAGGGUGACAAGCUUGAGUGCCGAGGAUGAAAUUCCAUCCAUCACUGGGUCUCUGAGCUGCAGGACACAGGCGGGAUGAUGACAGGACUUGCAUGCCCUGAUCUGCCUAGCCCUGAGUCAUGGCAGCUGGGGACUUCGCACUGGCCAGCUGGAGUAUCCCCAAACUGGCAUGGCCUCCAUGCGUGCACGUGGCCCUGAUUCUGUGUGUAUCUUUGCCACACACUGACUCCAGCCCGGGGAAGCUGCAGGUCUGACUUGGCGUGCUUCUGUUUCAGGGAGCACUCUGCCAGGAUGGGAGCUGCUCACAGGCCGGACGUCUCCUUCAAGGCAAUGCUGACAAUCAGCUGGUUCAUCCUGGCCCGCUUCCCUGAGCCUGCAUCCACAGUGGCAGCUGAGUGCCCUGAUCAGUGGCCAGAGCUGCAGCCCUGGAACCCUGGCCAUGACCCGGACCACUGUGUGUACAUUGGCCAGGGCCGAACCCUGCUGCUCACCUCUUCGGCCACAGUCCAGUCCAUCCACAUCUCAGAGGGAGGAAAACUAGUCAUUAAAGACCAAAACGAGGCCAUUGUUCUGCGCACCCGGCACAUCCUGAUUGACAACGGGGGAGAAAUGCAUGUUGGGAGUGCCCUCUGCCCCUUCCAGGGCCAUUUCAGCAUCGUUUUGUAUGGAAGGGCUGAUGAAGGCACCCAGCCGAACCCUUACUUUGGCCUCAAGUACAUUGGCGUGGACAAAGGAGGUACCCUCGAGUUACAUGGGCAGAAGAAGCUCUCUUGGACCUUUCUGAACAAGACUCUUCACCCAGGUGGCAUGGAGGAGGGAGGCUAUUUUUUUGAAAGGACCUGGGGUCACCGUGGCAUCAUUGUUCAUGUCAUCGACCCCAAAUCAGGGACCGUCAUCCAUUCUGACCGGUUUGAUACCUAUAGAUCCAAGAAAGAGAGUGAACGUCUGGUCCAGUAUUUAAACGCAGUGCCCGACGGCAGGAUCCUCUCUGUUGCGGUGAAUGAUGAAGGGUCUCGAAACCUGGAUGACAUGGCCAGGAAGGCAAUGACCAAACUGGGGAGCAAACACUUCCUUCACCUUGGAUUCAGACACCCUUGGAGUUUCAUAACUGUGAAAGGAAAUCCCUCUUCUUCCGUGGAAGACCACAUUGAGUAUCACGGACACCGUGGCUCCGCGGCUGCCCGGGUAUUCAAGCUCUUCCAGACGGAGCAUGGCGAGCAUUUCAACGUCUCUUCAUCCAGCGAGUGGGUUCAAGAUGUGGAGUGGACAGAAUGGUUCGAACAUGACCAAGUGUCUUAUGCUAAAGGCGGGGAGAAAAUUUCAGACCUCCGGGCUGUGCACCCAGGAAAAAUCUGCAAUCGCCCCAUCGAUAUUCAGGCCACUACAGUGGAUGGAGUGAACCUUACCACCGAGGUUGUCUACAAGAGAGGCCAGGAUUAUAAGUUUGUGUGCUAUGACCGGGGCCAAGCCUGCCAGAGCUACCGUGUGCGGUUCCUCUGCGGGAAGCCGGUGAGGCCCAAACUCACCGUCACCAUUGACACCAACGUGAACAGCACCAUCCUGAAUCUGGAAGACAAUGUGCAAUCAUGGAAGCCCGGAGAUACCCUGGUCAUUGCCAGUACGGACUAUUCCAUGUACCAGGCAGAAGAGUUCCAGGUGCUUCCCUGCAAAGCCUGUGCCUCCAACCAGGUCAAAGUAGCAGGGAAACCAAUGUAUUUGCACAUCGGGGAGGAGAUAGACGGUGUAGACAUGCGGGCCGAGGUUGGGCUCCUGAGCCGGAACAUCGUGGUGAUGGGGGAGAUGGAGGAUAAAUGCUACCCCUACAGCGACCACAUCUGCGACUUCUUUGACUUUGACACCUUUGGGGGCCACAUCAAGUUUGCACUGGGGUUCAAGGCCGCACACAUGGAGGGCGUGGAGCUGAAGCACAUGGGCCAACAGCUGGUGGGUCAGUACCCGAUUCACUUCCACCUGGUGGGCGAUGUGGAUGAAAGGGGAGGCUACGACCCGCCCACAUACAUCAAGGGCCUCUCCAUCCACCACACCUUCUCUCGCUGCGUCACCGUCCACGGCUCCAAUGGCUUGUUGGUCAAGGACGUUGUGGGCUAUAACUCUUUGGGCCACUGCUUCUUUACGGAAGAUGGGCCAGAAGAACGCAAUACCUUUGACCACUGCCUUGGCCUCCUUGUCAAGUCUGGGACCCUCCUCCCCUCCGACCGCGACAGCAAGAUGUGCAAGAUGAUCACCCAAGACUCCUAUCCCGGCUACAUCCCCAAGCCCCGGCAGGACUGCAAUGCUGUGUCCACCUUCUGGAUGGCCAAUCCCAACAACAACCUCAUAAAUUGUGCUGCUGCAGGAUCCGAGGAAACUGGAUUUUGGUUCAUUUUUCACCACGUCCCAACGGGCCCUUCGGCCGGAAAGUACUCUCCAGGUUAUUCGGAGCACGUCCCACUGGGGAAAUUCCACAACAACCGAGCACACUCCAACUACCGGGCUGGCAUGAUCAUAGACAAUGGAGUCAAAACUACGGAGGCUUCUGCCAAGGAUAAGCGGCCCUUCCUCGCUAUCAUCUCCGCCAGAUACAGCCCCCACCAGGAUGCUGACCCGCUGAAGCCCCGGGAGCCGGCCAUCAUCAAGCACUUCACCGCCUACAAGAACCAGGACCACGGGGCCUGGCUGCGUGGCGGGGACGUUUGGCUGGACAGCUGCCGGUUUGCUGACAAUGGCAUCGGCCUGACCCUGGCCAGUGGUGGAACCUUCCCGUAUGAUGACGGCUCCAAGCAGGAGAUCAAGAACAGCCUGUUUGUUGGCGAGAGUGGCAACGUGGGGACAGAGAUGAUGGACAACAGGAUCUGGGGCCCGGGCGGCUUGGACCACAGCGGAAGGACCCUCCCUAUAGGCCAAAAUUUUCCGAUCCGAGGCAUUCAGUUCUACGACGGGCCCAUCAACGUCCAGAACUGCACUUUCCGAAAGUUUGCGGCCCUGGAGGGCCGGCACACCAGCGCCCUGGCCUUCCGCCUGAACAACGCCUGGCAGAGCUGCCCCCAUAACAACGUCACCAACAUUGCCUUUGAGGACGUCCCGAUUACUUCCAGAGUGUUCUUCGGAGAGCCUGGACCCUGGUUCAACCAGCUGGACAUGGACGGGGAUAAGACAUCGGUGUUCCACGACGUGGAUGGCUCCGUGUCCGAGUACCCUGGCUCCUACCUCACCAAGGACGACAACUGGCUGGUCCGGCACCCAGACUGCAUCAAUGUUCCCGACUGGAGAGGCGCCAUAUGCAGCGGGCGCUAUGCACAGAUGUACAUUCAGGCCUUCAAGACCAGUAAUCUGCGGAUGAAGAUCAUCAAGAAUGACUUCCCUGGCCACCCUCUCUACCUGGAGGGGGCCCUGACCAGGAGCACCCACUACCAGCAGUACCAGCCCGUCAUCACCUUGCAGAAGGGCUACACCAUCCACUGGGACCAGACGGCCCCUGCCGAGCUCACCAUCUGGCUCAUCAACUUCAACAAGGGCGACUGGAUCCGAGUGGGGCUCUGCUACCCCCGGGGCACCACCUUUUCCAUCCUCUCGGAUGUUCACAAUCGCCUGCUGAAGCAAACGUCCAAGACGGGCGUCUUCAUGAGGACCUCGCAGAUGGAAAAAGUGGAGCAGAGCCAUUCUGGCAGGAGCCACUACUACUGGGAUGAGGACUCGGGGCUGCUGUUCCUAAAGCUGAAAGCUCAGAACGAAAGAGAGAGGUUUGCUUUCUGCUCUAUGAAGGGCUGUGAGAGAAUAAAGAUUAAAGCUCUGAUCCCAAAGAACGCGGGCAUCAGUGACUGCACGGCCUCAGCGUACCCCAAGUUCACUGAGAAGGCCAUCGUGGACGUGCCGAUGCCCAAGAAGCUCCUUGGUUCUCAGCUGAAGACCAAAGACCACUUCUUGGAGGUGAAGAUGGAAAGUUCCAAGCAGCGCUUCUUCCACCUCCUGAACGACUUUGCUUACAUCGAAGUGGAAGGAAAGAGGUACCCCCUCGUGGAAGAUGGCAUCCAGGUGGUGGUGAUUGACGGGAGGCAUGGGCACGUGGCGAGCCAGGCGAGCUUCAGGAACGCCAUCCUGCAGGGCAUCCCCCGGCAGCUCUUCAAUUACAUGGCGGCCAUCCCUGACAAUUCCAUAGUUCUUGUGGCAUCAAAGGGAAGAUAUGUCUCCAGAGGCCCAUGGACCAGAGUGUUGGAAAAUCUCGGGGCAGACAAGGGAGUCAAAUUGAAAGAGCAAAUGGCAUUCGUCGGCUUCAAAGGCAGCUUCCGGCCCACCUGGGUGACUCUGGACACGGAGGACCAUGGUGCCAAAAUCUUCCAAGUUGUGCCCAUCCCCGUGGUGAGGAAGAAGAAGCUGUGAGGACGGCUGCCACCCGGUGCUGCCCCACGGUGGACUCUGACAGUGGACUCUUGGCGGCAGCCCAGCCCUGUCUAGCGACUGGCUGGGACGGCCAGGUGUCAACCCUGAUGCGCCACGAGCAGGAGGUCGGAGAGCCCUGGUGCUGCCACCUGCUCCUACUCAAGUGUCUACCUGCAGCCCCGGGGGGGCGUGGGCUGAGGCUGGAAACCUUUCCUUUCCUGCAGCCUCUUGGGUGCUUCUCUCCUCUCUGUGCCUCUUCAGUGGCGGGGUGGGGCCCACACGAGGAGACCAGGGCUGUGCUGGCCACAGAGGUCCACUUUGGCGGCAGUCUUGCUCCAACUAGGAGGCAGCCUGGGGUGGGGGGGGGAUGGGGCGGGGUCAUUCACCGAUGCCCAUGCUCUCAGCACACACGUAAGGGUGGUAGAUGCAGGGAAAAGAGCCCUGGUCCUAAGGAAAUCUUCACUCCUCUAAGCAAGGACUAACCUCCAUGGGAUUCAGAGCCAGCGCGCAGACAGAGCGCGCAGAGACGGAACCCGCCACCCUUUGGGAAGGGUGAGCCUGUCUCCGGAGGGCCUCAACCUUCCUGGAGACUUGGGGACCCAGGUUGGGAGCGGGACUAGGUGACUUUUAAAGGCCCUUUCAGUUCUGAGAUGCCACAAGUCUGUGGCUUUUCACAUUGUGCCUGGAACCCAGCAGUGGGUGAGAACAUUUCUUUGAGCUGCCAUCCAUGAUGCUGGGCGCUCGGGGCAUUCAGGAUGAAGCGGGAAAAGUAAUGCUUAGGGCAGGGGGCUCGCAGUCCGGCAGAAUGGGCGGCUAGGUGUAUGUGCCCUCUGAUGCCAGGUGGAGAGAACGAAAUGAGAUGGAAAGGAAGCCAAUGCCGGUUUCCAGGGGAAAGCUUAUGUACUCGGGUGGGUCAGGAAGCUUCCUGCAGGAGGAGGCCACAGGGCUGGCAAGAAUGAAGGGCAGGGGUAUUUGGGUGGGCAGGGAUGGGGCAGCCUCUGGAGUGGUUCAGAGGUUGAGCUCUUCCUGCCAGCAGCUGCCAAAGCUGGGUGACUGCAAAGCCCUUUGCCCUCAACUUGCUAGCCCAGCCAUCAUGCAGGAGCAGGCUUCAGAAGGGAGGGAUGGAGGCUCAAAGGGUUAAGGAUCUGGUGUUGUCACUGCAGUGGCUCAGGUCGCUGUUGUGGCACAGGUUCAAUACCUAGCCCAGGGAUGUCCACAUGCCAUGGGCACAACCAAAAAAAAAAAAAAAAAAAAAGGGGGAAGAAUGGAGGGCUGAACCAGCCAGCCCCACCAGUGACUCCAAGAAAGGGUGGAGUCAAGUUGAGAAAGGUGAGCUCCCAGCCACUCUGGGGCCCUGAGAGCCCUGCAGAGCCCCGUGGGUGUGCUCACACCUCAGUGGCUGGGGCUCCAGAGCUGGAAAGAACCUUAGGAAAUAUCUAGUCCAAAGCUUUCAUCUUAGAGAUGGGACUGAUGAGACCCCGACAGGGAAGAACCACACGGCCAGGGCAGGGCCAGGACGGGAGCCCCACUCCCAGCACUUGCUGCCACACCACACUGCCUCAGCAGCCAUCCUGGGUGUCCAGGCACUUCUGGAGGAGCUUUCCAAUGCGGGCAAGUCCCCUUGAGGGGAAAAACAAAAUGAGCAGAAUAGAAAGAGAAUUGGCGGAUGACUGUUUCUCUCCGGACCCUCUACGCACACAAAGGCGCCCUCCUCUGGGCUGUGGCGGUCCUGCAGACCCCCACUUGGCUCAAACGACCUGCCUUCCGGAGCGGCCUCCCGCAGCUGCCACAGCUCCGUUGGUGCUACUGUCUCUGCAGGUCUUGCAGGUGCACCCAGCAGUCAGCGUCAGGGCACACGGACACAUCUUUGGUGAGCCAGCUAGGUGGCUUUCUGAGGUCUUGGAGAGCUUUCGGUCCACCCAGGCCCUCUCAGCCACUGCCUCAUAACUUGCCUUCUCCCUUGCCCACCUUGGAGAAGCCAGGAGAACUGGAAAAAAAACAAAACUGUGGUUUAUACUCUCCUGAGGGACCAGGGUCGCUUUGGGUUUCUUGGUGGCUGCACCUGUCCCCUUCUCUGCCCCAACCACAAACUCUUUUCUUCCUUGGCUCCAUCUGCCCAGCUGCAGCCAUGAGACUCAGCCUGCCGGUCCACUCACCAGGUUAGGCCAGCUGCCCAAGAGGUCCCACUAACCAGGUCUUUCAGCUGCUAGGAGGUGACUGUGGGUCUCCGCCUCUUAAGACAAGGCAGCUUCAAAGGCCCAUGUCCCAGGAAGGGCCUCUUCCAGACAGAUCAGAGGCCAUGGGGAGGAGAGUUAAAAUGACCUCAUAUUCUUCUUGUCUUUAGCUCUGUUGAGUUUUUCUGAGCUCUUAAUGCAAGGGUCUCACACUGUGAACCGCUUAGGAGGAGAUGGCCUCAGAUGGCUGGGAAUGUUGACUGUCUUUGGUUCAGGAAUGUUGCCUGUCAUGGAAAAGAUAUCUAUUUGAAAAUCCUCAGAGUUGUCCAUAUGUCUAACAGCACAGGAUCUGUGCCGAAGACUCUCCUUCUAAACCAUUCACCAAGAGCCAAGUCCAGGCAUGUUCUUGGUAGCACAAAUUUUCUUAAUGGCUUAGAAAAUUGUUCUUGUUAUUCUGUUUGCAAGCAUCAAAAUGAGUUAGGCCUUAAAAACAAACAAAACAAAACAAAACAAAACAAACACACUCCUCUGAAAUGCGUGUCUUUUUCCUGUUGCCGAAAUAGCUGGUCCUUUUUCGGGAAUUAGAUGUACAGCGUGUUUUGUAUGUAAACAUUUCUUGUAGGCGUCACCACCGUGAACAAAGAUAUAUUUUUUAUUUAUUUAUUCUAUAUGCACUUCGAGAAGUCGUUGUCAGAGAAAUGAAGAAUUGUCUUAAAUGUCAUGUUUGGGGAUGUCCUUUGGACCGCUUGAAAGGGGUAUACCCAGAGCCUUCUGCUUGCAGCAGAGGCCAUCGGCUCUGAUUUGGAAAAUCUUGCUGUACCAUAGUAAACACACAAAGGAUGUCA